CACAGUGUAUCACAGGCAGAGGGGGAGGGGAGAGAAAGCAAGAAAGACUGCUCUCUCUCUCUCUCAGCACUUGUGCUUUUGUUAGUUCUACACAAGAGGCAGAGAAACAAGAGAUAACAAAGGCUCCAUUUCCUUUCUGUUAGAGAAGGCUUUUGUCUUUCCUCCGGCAACAAUGUCAGUGUCCGGCAAGAAAGAGUUUGAUGUGAAACAGAUCCUGAGGCUUCGCUGGAGAUGGUUUAGUCAUCCUUCUCAAGGAUCGCCAAACACUGGAAGCUGCCUUCAGCAGGAAGGAUAUGAGCAUAGAGGGACCCCGGUUCAGGGCAGGUUGAAGAACCACUCACGGGACAGAAACGGUGCCGGGACCAGCCCCUACCCAUCAAAGAGUCCUUCAGAACUGGCAACAACAGAACGUGAUAGUACAUCUUCAAGCAAAUGAAGACACUUCUAAAGCUGUUCCAGAGGAGAAUUUGCUCAAAGAAGCUCGUGAGAAGCGCUCAGGAGAUUUGGAGAUGAUGGGAGAUGACAAUAUAGAAGAUUCUAGAGCACGAAUAUAUGCUGAAGAACCUGAAGAAAUGAAUAUCACUUCUGAGGAUCACUUCCAUUCUCGAAACCAUGCAGAUUAUACUCUCAGUAAAAUGCAAAACUAUUUGAAAGAGAAAAAAUUGUGUGAUGUGUUACUUAUUGCUGGACAUCUCAAAAUUCCAGCUCACCGAUUGGUUCUCAGUGCAGUAUCUGACUAUUUUGCUGCAAUGUUUACUAAUGAUGUGCUUGAAGCCAGACAAGAGGAGGUCAGGAUGGAAGGAGUUGAUCCAAAUGCACUUAAUUCUUUGGUUCAGUAUGCUUAUACAGGUAUGCUGCAACUGAGAGAAGACACCAUUGAAAAUUUGCUGGCUGCAGCAUGUCUCUUACAGCUGACUCAGGUCAUUGAUGUCUGCUGCAAUUUCCUCAUAAAGCAGCUUCUAGUGUCAAACUGCCUAGGGAUUCUCUCAUUUGGAGACGCCCAGGGCUGUGUGGAGCUCCAGAAUGUGGCACAUAAGUAUACCAUGGAACAUUUCAUUGAAGUAGUAAAGAACCAAGAAUUCCUUCUGCUCCCAGCUAAUGAAAUUGCAAAGCUUCUGUGUAGUGAUGACAUUAAUGUGCCCAAUGAAGAAACAAUUUUCCAUGCUCUCAUGCAUUGGGUAGGUCAUGAUGCUCAGAAUAGGCAACGAGAUCUGGCGAAGCUGCUUUCUUAUAUCAGACUGCCAUUACUUUCACCACAGUUACUUGCAGAUCUGGAAAACAGUUCGAUGUUUACUGAUGAUCUGGAGUGCCAGAAGCUAUUAAUGGAAGCUAUGAAGUAUCAUCUCUUGCCUGAGAGAAGAUCCAUGCUGCAAAGCCCUCGUACAAAACCUAGAAAGUCAACGGUGGGGGCACUUUAUGCUGUGGGAGGUAUGGAUGCUGCUAAAGGUACUACUACCAUUGAGAAGUAUGACCUCAGAACCAACAAUUGGAUCCAUAUUGGCACUAUGAGUGGUCGUAGACUUCAGUUUGGAGUUGCAGUUGUUGAUAACAAACUUUAUGUUGUGGGAGGAAGAGAUGGCUUAAAAACUUUGAAUACUGUGGAAUGUUUUAAUCCAGUUACCAAAACCUGGCUUGUGAUGCCUCCUAUGUCAACACAUAGGCAUGGGCUUGGUGUAGCCACACUUGAAGGACCAAUGUAUGCUGUUGGAGGUCACGAUGGAUGGAGUUAUCUAAAUACUGUAGAAAGAUGGGAUCCUGAUGGACGUCAAUGGAAUUACGUGGCCAGCAUGUCAACUCCUAGAAGCACAGUUGGAGUUGUUGCAUUAAAUAACAAAUAUGAUCCAAAAAGUGAUUCGUGGUCAACUGUGGCACCUUUGAGUGUUCCUCGGGAUGCCGUUGCUGUAUGCCCCCUUGGAGACAAACUCUAUGUGGUUGGUGGAUAUGAUGGUCAUACUUAUUUGAAUACUGUUGAAUCAUACGAUGCUCAGAAAGACGAAUGGAAUGAGGAAGUCCCGGUGAACAUUGGAAGAGCUGGGGCAUGUGUUGUAGUUGUGAAGCUACACUGAAUCUCUCAUUAGCUACUGCAAUGAAAUGGAAUUGCCUCAAGAAUGAAGAAGAAAUAUGCUCUUUUAUGAAGUUGAUAAGCAAAUUCAAAUGCUGUUUUGUCAUUUUCAUAUAUAGUAGAAAUCAUUAACGUUCAUAAGGCUGAAAAAAGUUAAAUGUGGAUUAAAUGUUAGUGUUGAGUGUAUGUGCUGUCUCAGAUUAUAAUCUAAUGAGAAAUCCAAUAGGCUAUGUUUAGACUCAUUACUAUAAAAUGUUACAAUACCUAACAAAAAUUUGGUAGUGGGCAGUAUUUGAAGGUGAUAAAUACAUUAAUACUCUUCAUGUAAGUGUCUAGGAAGUAAAAACAUGUUUUUUUUAUUAAAGGUACUCUACUGUUAGAAACAACUUAAUAUAAAAACAUGACAGAAGCUUUGCAGCAUAAAGUAUGGUUUCAAACAAUAGCUCACCCAGCUAAUAAUACCUCACAUUUGCCAAGAAGAAAGGGAUUUCUUUGUCAAUGAGGCCGAUCAUUUAUUGAUGUAAUUUGCUAUACUAAUCAUACUAUGUCAAACUUUUCACAGGUUAUAUUUUCAGUUCACUAACUGCCAAAAUAUAUGUAUAGAUUUUCUAAUCUCUGAUGUGGUUUGUUGGUAGAUUCAUUUGCAGUAAAACAUCAUAAUGUCGCAUAUACAAUCUAUAUUCUGUAACAGUGAAAAUUUUAUUGAUACAAACUGUGCCUGAUCUUCAGAAUGCGAGGGCCUCAGUUGCACAAAAAUUAAUUAUUUCCUCAAGCAUUUAAUGUGUUCUUGAUAAACACCUUCUCUUAAGUUAAAAAGUUGACAUAAACAAUUCUAAAGAAGAUUACAGUUGAGAGUAUGAAGCACAAUGAUAACAUUUGGAAACACUGAAAUGUUUAAUAUGCACAGUCAAUUCUAUAAUUCUCUUUGCCUAUCAAUACCCUAUUUUCUUUUAAUUUCAUAAUCAUGUUACCCAGCAGUAAAUGGUAAGAACAUAUGUACUACAAACUACACUUUUGAAAACAAAAAACGAAAAAGACUAUUUGAGUAGUAUUUUAGCUUUUAACUAUAUUUUCAUUUAUCUUUUUUGUUUGUUUUUUGUUUUUAUUUUUUAUAUAUUUGAAUUACAAACAAGAUUGAAUUACAUAAUGAUCCCAGUUCCCUUCUCCCUCCCUUCCUCCUGUACCACCCCCCCAACUAAAAUCCUACCUAUCAUUUAUCUUACUUAAUGAUAAAACAUGGUAAAAUAUUGAAAACUCAUGUAUAUGAAGUUAACUUUUCAAGUAAAUGUUCCAUUUUAGAAUUACUAUAA